UGUUAAGAGUCAAUAUGUGAUGUAUGAAUGAUGUAUACCAUAUAAUACGGAAGCAAAUUAAGUAAAGUGUGUAUAAGACUACAAGCUUUAUGAGUACACUAUAAGUAAUGGUUGAAUUCUGAAAAAAUAGUCGUAUUAGUAUCUAGUAUUAUAAGGCAAGUGCGAGGUUAAAAUACGUGACACCAUUUAAGAAACCAAUGUCUCUUCUACAACAUAUACACAUAUACGGUAUGUUUUUGUUUAAUUAUGACCUCUUAUAACUUAUAAGUCUUUAAUUACAACACCUAACACGCGCUAAUGACAUUUUUCAUAUCCCAAACUCACACGUACACACCCACACGUACCAUAUUUAUAUACUACUCUUUAAUAAAAUUAUAUGAGCCGAUAGCAUACAGUUCAUCAAAUAAAUAUUAUAAAUGAAAUAUAAUGUCUAAAGCUGCAUACAUAUAAAAGGACAACAAUCAUUUACCGUCUCAUUGCAAAGGAAGUUACGUACGGUAUUGUGUUAGUCAACCCAAGUGACGUGAUGAUGAGUGACACUUUUCUUGGAUUAGUUUUUUGCUGGUAAAAAGAAAAUAUUCGUUAUAAUAUAAAACUGGUAAACUGAAUUCUUAUCUUGAAUUUUUUUGGAGGAGGGGGAAUAACAGAGAUUUUACGAGGAAAAAUAAAGGCCACAUCAUAAAAAGGAAAUCUACAAGUGAAAAUAUGUUAUUAAUUUUUUAUUUUUUAAUCAUAUUAUAAACUACAUCACCUUUUAAUUUAUUAAUUGUAGUGGAACGUAUUUACUCAAAGUUAUGAUCCUAUUAAAUUUGUUGUUUGGUUUGUUGCUAUGUCUUAUAAACUCUUCUAAUAUGUUGAUAACUUGCCAUUAGACUUUAUCCUAAGGCUUAAAAUGUUUAAGAUUUACAUAUAAGUACAAAUGUACAAUACAUCUGAAUUCGAGAUUUAGUUGGAUCCAAUACUUAAAAUGUUUUUCUUCCUUAAAAUAAAAUUUGCUACAUGAUUAUUUUGUUUUUAAUACGAGAAACAUAAAGAACCCACUAAAUGUAAUGAAUUCAGGAAAUAGUAAGAACAUAGGUUGUCCUAUACAAACAUGAUAAACUCAAAUCAAAGUUAGCAUUUAGCAAUGACUUUAUAAAGCAUAGGGAUCAAAGUUAAAAAUGAAUUAGAUCGGAUGUCGUAGUUUUUUGAAGUAUUCGGAAUCCGAUUCAUUCCCUUGGAUCGGUAAUUUUAUAAUUCAUUUUCAUUCGAUUUAUUUUAGCACUAUCUGAAUAUUUGGUAUCCGAGUAUCUAAUAAAUAUGUAUUUUAACGAGAUAUUUGAUUCAAAAUAUAAAUAAAAUAAUUUUUAAAAUUUUUAAAAUCUUAAAAAGUAAAUUUAAUGAAAAAAUAUUUCAUUAUAAAAACUAUAAUCUCUUAAAAUUGUAGUGAAACAAAUAUUAUUAAACUUUUAUUUACAGGAAUCUUCUUUAUAAAUAAAGUCAAGUUAUCUGCCUGCUUAGGCUAUCCACGUCGCUCUGGAGAGGGGGCCUUUUUCACCACGUGUCGACACGCUGAGACGUCGGUGUAUCUCACGCGUUUUAUUUGUUCCGCUCGUCACUUUACAGAUUUGCUGCUUUCUCGGAAGAAAGCACGAGUGGAAUGAGUCCAUUUAUAUCCCGAACAACCACGUUAUCUCUACCGGUUUAUGUUUUAGUAUUUUGAGCUUCGCUCCUUAGUUUAAGUACGUUCAAUAUUCCUGCUUUGUUAUUUUUAAAAAAAAAUCUGUCUCGUGGUCUCGUGGUCUCGUGGUUGUUCGUUUCUUUUAUUAAAUAAGACUCUUUUCGUAUUAACAAUUUACAUUGUUCGAUUUAUUAGUCCCACGCUCAAGUAGCCUUUUCUGUGGCGAUCUAGCAGAUGAAACUAAUCAGACUUGCAAAACACGCAACAAGUUUUCACCUUACGAAUGUAAAUUUUGGGGUUUAUUUUUUUGAAACAUGUAGCAAGCGACUGAACCACACUUCUGAGGCUGAUACUUUCCAAUAUUACAGAAACAAAAUAUCAUUAGCGAUGAUAAUAAGAGAUUAAGCCACUCUUCUGUCGCAUGACCAAUAUAAAAUCCAUGUGCUUGAUCGAGUGCAGUGUAAAUCCCGUUGAAUUUUUCAAAACUUUAGAUAUAAAUCUCAGUAGAAGCGACAUUAUUCCAUCUAAGUACAUAGUAAAACAUCCACUCAUGAUCAUAACAAUCUUUACGAGAAUUUGUUUAUGCUAAGUAUUAGAUAAUGUAUACAAAUUUCCUCAAAAUAAGUUAUAAGGAAAACACUAAUUCGUGAUGCUAAAAACAACUCGGAAAGAAUAAAUUUGUAUACAACUAAAACAUUAUUUUACAUCGCAAAAAAAUAUUUGGUUUUCAAUACAAAGUGAUACUUAUAAAACCAAGCUAAACGAUAACUCAGUUGGUCAUAAACGGCACUCCCUAUAAAAACUUACGAUAAAUAAUAGUAAUGUCUUGGUUAGCUAAACCAAAGACUCCUAAACAAUUUAAACCACCAAUUUAAUUCCUUACGAUAUAUUAAUAUCUCCAAUAAAUAUUAAAACCUUCAAAUGAUUUUAAAAUUCCAGAUAUUCUCUUCCUUUUUUGAUACGCUACCUAAAAAAAUCAAAGGAUUGAACGUUAGCAAAUUUAUAUAACUUUCAAAAAGAGUUGCAAUGCAUAUUAAAUCAAAAAUUAAUAACUUAAUUUGAAAGGAACAUAUACAACACCAAUCAGAGUUUCGAAAUUACAAUUCCAACUAUACAAAGCAAAACCAAGGAAAGAUAAAAUAAACCAAACUAACCUGAAAGCUAACCGGGUCUGUACAAAAAUAAGUUGUCCAGUCUUUAAAGAAAAUAAUCUAUGAUGCUUGCAUGCCUUAAAAAUAAAAAUAAAAAUAAAAAAGUAAUUCUCAUUUCUUUACUUUGUAAUUUUUUUUAAUUUAAUAUAUGAUAAACUAUUUCUCCUCUUAUAUAUAUUUCAAUUCCUCACCCUUUCUCAUCCAAAAAAACCAGCAACCUCCAAAAAUACCACAUAUGUGGUAAUGUAAAAUUCAAUCAUAUAUUGCGUUUCCAAGCAACUUAUACAUACAUCAACUUAACAUGAAUUACAAAUUCAAUCAGAAAUGACUUUUUCAGUUUAUUAGACAACUCAACGUACAACACCGGCGCGUAGCGCCGGCAAACCCCUAGUAAUAUAUAUUUCCAAGAAUAUUAAAGAAUAAUUCUACAAUAUUUUAAAACUUCCAUUAAAAAUAAUUAUGAAACUUUUUAAAAAUAAUUAUACAAUAUAUAUAGUAUCAACUUUGUAUAUGUAAAUAACUCUAAUUAACAUAUUUACCAAAAACAACAUUAUACUCUAACAAUAUAUAUAUAUAUAUAUAUAUAUAUAUAUAUAUAUAUGUUGGAUCAUAUCGAAUAUCAGUGUUUUAAAUUUAUAAUAUUUGUGACUUUAUUCAUUUUAAUAGUUAUUGUAUAUUAUUAUUUGAUUUGAUGUGUACCUUGGAUAUCUAAUUUUUUUUAUUAGAUCAAAAUAGAUAACAAAAUCAAUAAAAAUUUACGAAUAUUUUGCUACUUCUAAUAACAUCAGACACAUGAAUAAAGUAUAAUUUUAUGUGUACACUAGUCAUUAUAUGUAUAUAUGCAUAUAUUUAAUCACUAACCAGCUCGAUUGUUAUGUCUUAAAGCUUGGUAUUUUUCUAAUGCAUCGAUUCUAUGGUUCUGAAAAAGGACAACAAGAAACAUUUGUGUUGCUUUUAUUGAACUCUGAAUUAUCUGGUGUCUUCAAUCUUUUAUUUUUAUAUUUACUGCAUAAAAUAUUUUAUUUUAUUGUAAGGAAUAUUAAAUAUAAAUAAUAUCAGUUGCUCCUUUUGAAAAUUUGAUGGCUUCCUCUUGUUAUUUUGUUGCAUAGUUGUGGUUCCUUAGCUCACUUGAUUAUUUAACUAACUAAUAACUAUCUUUUGAUAGAAUAUAUUAUUUAAUAAUACGAUUUAAACAUUUCAAACAACAUCUUUGUGAUCGAUCAAGGCCAAUUAGUGUAAGUUGUCUGGUUGUUCCGAUCAAUUAUUGUAUUUAGGCUCCUCACUUUUCAUUAAGAAAAGUCUUUGAGACCCAAUCAGUUUAAUUAAUUUCCACAGUUUCAUCGGCAACAUUAAUAAAUCCUAAAUAAACGUUAGAAAAUAUAACUAAAUAUAAAAAUCAUAUACCUAUAGAAUAUAUAUAUAUAUAUAUUAGAAAAGCAAACUAAAUGUUAUAUUGCGAAGGAAUCAUAUAAAUAUUUUAGUUACUAGUAAAAUAAACUUUACUCACUUUAAAACGCAACUCUUGUAUGGUUGGAAAAGCCAUUAGCAUUUUUAAUUAAUUGUCGUUGACCUGAUUCAUGCAAAGUAAUUUUGAUAUAUAUAUUAACCAUUUUAGCGGUAUAUCUAAUUAUGGUUAUAAGAAAUUUAAAUUAAUUUGCAAAGGAAAUCUAGAUAAAUGACAUCUGUUAAAUUACUAUUAGCAAAUAACGAAAUGGUACCUAAAAUUAAAAGGCUUAUAUAAGAAAUUUAAUGCAUGAUUUAGUUGAUAGUACUUUCAAAAUUGUUUUCAUUGAGUAUUUUUGUAGAUGCUUUUAACGAAAGUUAACAUACACGAGGGUAUAAAAAAAUUAAAAACAAAUGUCAAAGUUGCAUGGCGGUAAUGGAAAUCCGUUUAGUUUUUUAAUGUCUAAAGAAAAUUUCUUUAACAAAUUAAAAAGGAAUGUUAAAGAAAAAAAUCAAACGUGGUUACCUAAACAAGACAACCUUCAAAAUGAUCAGAUUUGUUGAUUAAAUCGCUAAAACUGAACUUUCUUCUGAUAUGAUCAUUGUUUAAGCGAUUACACUUCUGAACAUUUUCAUAUUUUCAUAUUUAUAUAUUUACGUAUUCCUAUUAGAUUCUAUUUGAAGUUGAAAAUACACCCAGUGCAUCUAUAUUAUAGCAUCCAUAUAAACUAUAUAUAUUAGUAUAGUGUACUCGUAUGUGUUAUUGUGCAUAUGUGUAAAAGAAACUAUAAGUCAAAGAACAAGAGUUUCUUUUUUCAAAAAAAAAAAGAACAUGAGUUUCUAGAAUCAAACUAAGAAAGAAAUAAACGGCCUAGACAUGGAAAUAAAUGCUUACUUUGAGAUGAAGUCAAACUUAUUUUGCAAGGAGUCAUAUAACAGUAUAUGUUUGGUCUUUCUCGAUAUCGACGUUUCUCCUUACGGCACACGCAUUUUCAUACUCAUCAUGUUACAUUUUUUUUUUGAAAAUAACUCAUCAUGUUACAUCAUCGGUUAAUAUCUUAGAAGCUUCGUCAAACUGCAGUUUCUAUAAUUGAGCACUGAGUGUUUUUAACAGAGUCAGUAACCAAGAAACGUUUUAUUUAAACGGAAAACUACGUGGUGGGUGAGAGUUGCAUGGUUGAAAGAAAAAAACACAAUUGAAACACAUUGUAUUAUUCUGCCUUUCUAUGGAUUGAUAAUUAUAAUUAUUACUGUCUUACUUCUGCUAGUUCACGUACAAUAUAUUUACUUAUAAACAGAAUCCCAAAUAAUGUCGCAGGGGUUUGGUAAGUAGUCUUACUAGUAAGAAUUUAUUAUUUUUCUCAAAUUCUUUAGUCAAGAAAAAUGGUACUCAAAUGUUCAUAUUUUUCUUCUAAGAAACAAAAAAUUUAACAUGCUUGAGUUUCUUAUUUAGGCCACACAUUAUGCAAGUUCUGAAAACUCUCUUGGCUAUUUACUCAAAAUUUUCUGUCAUAAGAAAGUCAAGAGCUUGUAUACCUUUUCUAACAGAAUUCACUUAUUCAAACCAUUAUUAUAAAGUUAAGCAAAUUAUCCAGAUUCAAGAGGUACGUCAGAAGUUAAAAAUAACUAAUUAGCGAUGACAUUUGAUUGGCUAUAGAGGGGAACAUUUCAACCCAAGUCACGACAAAUCAAGGCGAUGGUUUUUUCCUGCCCUCUAAUUUGAUCAGUUAAUUAAAAUAUAUAAAGUGCUAUACAAUUGGACACAAUUUCACGCAAGUCUUUCUUUGCGUUAAUGAUUAUUAAAACUGAGACAACUUUCCACAUUUUUUAAAUAGAUAAAGAAAGAAAGGUUAGAAAACUAAUCCAAAAAGCAGAAAAAGCAAAAACCCUAGUCCGAAAAUAAUACAAUUAGGGUUGAAGUUGAAUUAUAUUAAAAUAAAUAGAAGGCCGAGAAGACUUUUUUUAUAAACUUUAUUAUUACAUUUUCAGUUAUAAUAAUCAUCAAUAACACCUUCCUUUUCUCGUCUUUAUAAACCAUCCCUUCUAAGCAUUAGAUCAUUUCAUCAUCAUCAAACAUAAUAACACUUCGAAAAAGAAGAGCAACAAGAACAAGAAAAGACAAAAAGAUUCGUAAGAAAAUGGGAAGAGCUCCAUGCUGCGACAAGGCAAACGUGAAAAAAGGGCCAUGGUCGCCUGAAGAAGAUGUGAAGCUCAAGGACUACAUCGACAAAUAUGGCACUGGUGGCAACUGGAUCGCACUGCCUCAGAAAGUUGGGUUGAAGAGAUGUGGUAAGAGUUGCAGACUGAGAUGGCUUAAUUACUUAAGACCAAACAUCAAACAUGGUGGCUUUUCUGAGGAAGAAGAUAGUAUCAUCUUGAGUCUUUACAUCAGCAUUGGAAGCCGGUGGUCUAUAAUUGCAGCUCAGCUUCCUGGAAGGACAGACAAUGAUAUAAAAAAUUACUGGAACACAAAACUGAAGAAGAAGCUGCUCGGAAGACAGAAACAAAUGAAUCGCCAAGACUCGAUUGCUGAUUCGAAUGAAAACAAUAUCAGCAGCAACAACAACAAGAGUCCUCAAAAUCUUAGUAAUUCGGCACUAGAGAGGCUUCAACUUCACAUGCAGCUUCAGAAUCUACAAAGCCCUUUCUCUAGUUUCUAUAACAACCCUAUGUUGUGGCCCAAGCUUCAUCCACUACUGCAGAGCACUCCUGAUCAAAACUCUAAACUUGGAUCCCAAGAAAGCUUCCACCCUCUAGGAGUUAACGUUGUUCAUCAGAACAAUAAUAUCAAGCUAGCUGAGAUCAACGAUGGAGUCUCUCCUCUCUAUUCAGAGAACGUAGAGCAAUCCCUAAACCCUACUCACGGAUUUCAACCUAAUUUCGUUUUUUCGCAGGAUCUUCAGUUAGAUAAUCAUAACAUGGACCUUAUGAACAGAGGUGGUUCUAAAGAAUUGUUUCAAGUGGGCAACGAGUUUGAGCUAACGAACGGUUCGAGUUGGUGGUCGGAGGAAGUCGAGUUAGAGAGGAAAACAAUAUCGUCGAGUUCUUGGGGAUCAGCUUCUGUUCUUGAUCAGACGACUGACGGAGUGGUUAUGCUUCAAGAUUAUGGUCAGAUGAGCUACCAUAGUGUGUAAUAAUUUAUAUCAUGCAUAUAUACAUUUAUGUAUAAUUAUAGGAAUGGAUUAUUGAUGAUUAUGUAUUAUUACGAUCAUAAGCUUAUAGCAUGUGUCGAGGGUGAAAGUUUUUUUUUCAAAAUAUGUUUUUAUAUGUAACGAGUUGUGGAUAAUAAUGAAUUCUACUUUCUUUUC